CUAAGGAGAGGCUCACACGGAUUUUGAGGCACAAAAUCUUUGCAACACCUGUGAAGAGUGAAACACGUUUAAACUACACCAACGGAACCCCCUCGGGGACAAUUUUGUGUGCGGAAGCGAAAAGUUCAAACAUGUCAUCAGCAGUUCCUGGUACAAGUUAAAAGCAGUCGGGUCGUCACUGUGAGCAUGUCAUCGGUCUGUAUGUUCACAAACUGUCCCUCUGUGUAUACGAAAGCUUCGUUCUGCGGAGCGCGGCUGUGAAAAGUUUGAUUUGCAGACAUUUUCAUUUGUUCAUUUGAGUGAGCAGCGUUACAUGUUCGGACAGGAGCCCGCCAGGAGCGCGAGGCGGAACGGCCCCAAACCAUGGCCCGUGGUCGCGCUGUCGGUGCUGGGCUCGGCCGGAGCAGUGGCCGCGGUCGGGUUUCUCUGCGCCCUGAUCUACCCCAUACUCAAAGGCUUCUGGAGUCUCCUGGUCCUGUCAGUAUUAGUAGGAUGCAUCUGCUGCGUCUUCUCGUGGAUGCUCACCUACCUUGACUCGUUCCAGCCUGGUCUGGAUUUCCCGACGCUGCGGACAGUGGCCCACGUCAGAGACGCUUCUGACCAUGGCCUCCACGUGGGAUAUGCAGUUGCUGUUCUUAAUGGCAUCAUGGCCAUGCUCACCAUCAUCUGGAGUCUCUGCUGACACACACACACACACACACACACACACACACACACACAGCUGUGCACUAACUGAAGACACCUUCUGUGAACACUGGUGAUGAAGCUGCAGCUUUCACUCAGCCUGUGUUUACCUGCAGCUUCCAGCCUGCAGCCCUGGAUUAAAGCUCUGCAUGUGGGGCUGUAAGCAGUUCAAACUCUGACACACUGCAUGUGUUCAGACGAGACUGUGAACAGUUGAUUAAGCACCCAAACAGGAAGGUUACAUGCUCAGGUCUAACAUGGCAGCUUUGGUCAAAUUUGAA